AUGAGCGACCAUUCGCGGUUGCAAAACGUGCGUUCUACUGCACAACUUCUCAGAGAAGCAACCUCUUCUUUCUCCUCAAAUCUCUUCACAUUCCUUUUCCUUUCUCUCUUAAUCUUUUCCUUUCGAACCAUCGUUGAAAACGGUACCUCGCGUUUCAUCACGUUCGUUGACCGCGAUCCCGCUGUUAAGGCUCUUCUUUCCCGAAUUGACCUUGCCGGUAACGUGAAUCAUCAUCACCGUCAACGUUCCUCCUCCCCUCAGUAUCAACCUUCACCCGCCGCACUCCGUCGCCGCCGGCCUUUUUUGCAUCUCACUCGUGUUGGAACCCUAGAUGAUGACUUUUUCUCCGGCGAUGAUGAUGACGGUCGGACUCUGUUUGGAUCAAAUUCUAAAGCUCCGGUUAAUGGUUGCGUUGUUGCUUUCGGACCGUUCGCUGUUGAUUCAGGAUUCUCGGAUCUCGUUGCUGAUAAUGGUGUUAGGGUUUUGGAAGUGGUUCGUUCGGGAAUCACGUUGAGGGUGGAGGAUUCUUUGAUUGACGUUGAGAAAGAGGAGGAUGAAGAUGAUGAGGAUGAGGAUGAGAGAGAGGAAAAGAAGAAGGAGAAGAGCGAUUUGGGGAAUGGAAAACAAGAAAUGGUGACAACGGUUGAUUUGCAAUUGUUUGUGAAGGGAUUGGAGAUAAAUCAUCGUGAUACUGCGGCGUUCUUUGCUUUGUUGGGUUUGUUAUCAGUGGCUUAUGGGUGGGUGAUUAUGGUUUUUCUAGUUACGUAUUCGUGUGUAUUGGGCGUUGUUAUUGUUUCGGUUGUUAAUGAUCUUUUAGGAAGGUUUAGUUCUGCUACUGGGGUGGUUUGGGAUGGGUUCAGAUUAGGUAUCAAGAGAAUUUCUGCGGUUGUUUUGAUAAGGUGGGCAGUGAGGGAUGCAGUGACUCAGCUUGUGGGGAUAUGGUAUUUUGCUGAAAUUGAGGACCAGUUUUCGUUUUUCAAGCUAUUUGUUAGGUUGAAAUUGAUGCCUUUUUCGGUUAUGUCGCCUUGGGUUAAGGGUUUUGAGAAGGAAAUUUCUGGGUUUUUGUUCACUUGGUUUCUUAUGGAUACUUUUGUUACUUUUAUAUUCUCUGUGGAUUUCUGGGUUGCUUUGGAGGAUUUCAGAAGGGGUAGUAAAGAGAUUGUGAAGGAAGGUUGUUAUUUGUUGUCUUCCAUGUUGUUUCAGGCUAUUCAGAUUAAAUGCUUAGAAGCCUUGCUUUGUGGAUCGCUUGUGAGGUGGGGUUUGUCUCGAAUUUUCGGGAGAGUCUUAGCCAAGAUGUUUCAGUCUACCAUGGAGGUUUACUUCAUGGUUACGUGGCUUGUGUUCUACUUUGUGGCUAAGUCUAGGGAUGCCAAUCAACAGGGUAGGAGGUUCGGGCAGAGGGAAAUUGAAGGGUUAAUUGAUGGGCACAGAUGA